AUGGAGUUUCAGAAGCAGAUAGCUGACAUCAUGAGCAAGCCUCUGUUUUAUGAGACUCAUAUUCAAGUAACAAACAUGGUUGAAAAUAAUUCUUACUCUGUUCACAUAAAGGCUGGAAAACCUCCUGUUGGAUUACAUUUAGAUGUUUUAAAGGGAGAUAAACUCAUUCAGAAAUUAAUGGUGGACGAAAAAAAAUGUUAUUUGUUUGGUCGCAAUCAUCAACUUAAUGACUUUUGUAUAGACCACGCCUCAUGCUCCAGAGUCCAUGCGGCUCUUGUAUAUCAUAAAUUCUUGAAUAGAACCUUUUUGAUUGACUUAGGAAGUACUCAUGGAACGUUUAUUGGUAACAUGCGUUUAGAAUCUGAUAAGCCUACACAAUUACCUGUAGAUAGUACGUUUCAUUUUGGGGCAUCUACGCGUUAUUAUAUUAUAAGGGAGAGACCACAGACUGGACCAAGAGCAGUUGAUGAAUUUGAAAAAACUAGUGAAGACUUAGAUACUGGUGGCUUAUUAGGUUUACCAGAAACAGAAACGGAGCUUGACAAUUUAACAGAAUUUAACACAGCUCACAAUCGAAGGAUUUCUAUGCUCGGUAUCCCAGAUGAUGAAAUUCAUAAAUGUUCAAGGAAACGUAAAAAAAAAGGUAUCAGCUUUAAUGAAGAUGAAGAAGUAAUAAAUCCUGAAGAUGUUGAUCCGUCCGUUGGUAGAUUUCGUAACCUCAUCCAGACAACUGUGAUUCCAAGUAAAAAAAUGCGGAUGGAAGGAGGACUUAUAUCACCUCUAGAAGAAAUACAUGGAUCUUUGAAAAACUUAUGUCCGACAUCACUGACCUCAACUUUUUAUCCAGAUUUACCUCAAGAGCAGUAUUCUACGAUAUCUCAAAGUAAUCUAUACACAACUGGCUUAACGUCUUUGACUUCGAGACUAGGUAUUGGUUUUCCAAAUCCAGCGCCUGAAGUCGAAAUAACGUCAAAUCCAAUUGAAAAUAAAUUGAUGCAAACAACUGAACCCUAUUGUUCUAUGGAUAACAAUUCAUUGGAGCCGAAAAAAAAGAAGUAUGCAAAAGAAGCAUGGCCUGGAAAAAAGCCCGUUCCUACUCUUUUAGUAUGAGUCAUAAAAUACAAAGUAUAAAACUGUCAAUAAAAAUCACAUUUAUGUAUAUAUAGUUUUAUGUGUACAUACGAGCGUGAACAUGGAAGUAAGCACACACAGAUAAAUUGUUUUUUAUUUAAGUAACGAAUGUAUAACAAUCGUGCAUUCUAAUAGUCAUUAAAUACAAAAAAAUUUUAA